ACCGGAGUUUGCCACCCCUACAAUACAGCAUUACAUCAAGCAAGCAGAAACAUAUGCAAGAAUUUAACUACCCUCUGUCCCAUGCAUCUCAAGUAGAGCUACUUUUAUAAAUAAUGACUGUUAGAUUUGUGAAGGUUAUAAUGGUAAUAAGGACCGCCAAUAUCAUUCAUAUCUACAGAUACCCGAGUGAAAAUAAACUGAUUAUGUCAGUUUAUUGAUUCUGAUUAUGAUAGGUGUUGCUUGCUUUACAGCAUUAAAAAAUAGUAGCUAAAUGCUUUAUAAAAUAUAAUUGAUAACCCACAUCUCUCGUCAACUUUGUCUUUAUAAGAACUAAGAUUUAAAAACCUUGUGUAAUACAAGAUGUUAUGCCAUGUGACAAACCUAGGCUGCUCUUCCCAAAAGCAUCAUAAGCUUAAGUGCAUAGGCCCAUUGAAACCAAUGGAGCUACGAUCAACUUAGGCUUACAUGCUUUUGGGAAACGCAGUCUUGUUCAUUACUACAUUGUGAAAAACACAACUAGUGGUGGGUUUUUCAAUGACUAGAUAGAGCAGCCAGUGGUUGAUAUAUACAUAAUUAUUACUAUUUACAUUAAACAUUUAAAUUGCGACAAAUGAGAGUACACCAAAUAGCAUAAAUAAAAUCAACAUAUAUUCACAAUAUUUACUCAAAUUUCAUUAAAACAUACAAAUGUGUAUUAUCAUCAAUAUACAAAGCUGUUUGACAGACUUUGAAACCGCCGUUCUCACCAUACUAACUAUAACGACAAAAGGUAACUUAAUUUUCCAAUGGACAAUAACGUUCGGAUAAGCACGCACGCUUAAUGCUCAGGUGGAUUCAGACUGGCUGUCAGUGUUUUUUAUCGUGUAAACAUCAUUCUAAUGUGAUCCCAAAAAUAUCAUCCCUGCAUUAUUAUCAUCUUAACUGUAAUAGAUACAAUUAUCGUACACUAUGCGAACAACAGCCCUUUAACCUGAUGAUACACUGGGCAACUUUUUGAGCAAUGUUUCUGGAAAACUUUGGGAAAUGUUGCCUUCAGUUGGCAACCAGGUGAGAGACAGGACCCACGAUUAUCUAUCUAAUAUAUCCAGACAGAAAUUUGUUACCCAUUCUCAGUGGAAAAAGUUGCCCUGUGUAUCAUCAGCCUUAAGGUCACGGACGAACGGCAAAUUCGGAAUCACUUUCAGAAUGAUUUUUCCAUUUGACGAAAAAAAAAAAAACCUUAACAGCCAAUCGGAAUCCUCUCUCUCUCUCUCUCUCUCUAUAAAAAUAAAGUAAAUAUAAGUAAAAAUAAGCUGAAAAUAAGUGCAACUGGUAAGCUAAAUUUGGCUGUGAAUGAACUGAAAGAGAAAGCAAGAAGGGCCUUUUAUGCCAUCAAAAAAUCUAUCCAAAUUGAAGUACCAAUUUGAAUCUGGCUCAAAAUAUUCCAAUCAGUCAUAGAACCUAUUGCAUUAUAUGGCAGUGAAGUGUGGGGUCCUCUCCUAAAUCACGAAUUUGAAAAAUGGGACAAAAAUCCGACUGAAGCCCUGCAUGCUGAGUUCUGUAAAAGUAUCCUCAGAGUACAGAGGAACAUACCGAACAAUGCAUGCAGGGCAGCAUUAGGCCAAUACCCUCUACUAAUGCACAUUGAGAAACGAGCCAUCAAAUUUUGGAAACACUCAAAAAUGAGCGACCCCAACUCUUACCAUUUUAAAGCCCUUAAAAACCAUGAAGUGAACCCUGAAAAAAGUCCCCUGAUUCAGAUGGUCCUGAAGCUGCAAAAACAGACUAACAUGAUUAACAACAUCCAGCAUCAGGACACUGAAAUAUUCAUCCACAAAAUUCGGCCCAACCAAAUUAUAAAAGCACAAAAAGAAAAUUAUCUAACCUAUUGGAAAGAAACAACAGAAAAACAAAGUAAACUUGAAUGUUAUUUGGCCCUAAAUAGAGAUUACACAACUGCAGAAUAUCUGAGUACAGUGAAAGACUGUAAACUAAGAAGACAAAUGACGAGAUACAGACUGAGCAACCAGACUCUCACUAUAGAGACGGGCAGAUAUCGACAGCACUGGCUGCCCAAAGAGAGCCGCAUCUGCCCAUACUGUACCCAUGGGGAAGUGGAGACAGAGCAACACUUCCUCACCAGCUGCCCUAACUAUGAAGAAAUUAGAAAGAAAUUUUAUCCCAAAUUUGAACUUUGCCCUGACUUCAAAAUGUUAAACAAGAAAACACAACUUCAAUAUUUAUUAAGUGAAAAACAAUAUUGUAUCUUACUAGCAGCAAGAUACAUUGACACCUGUCACAAAAAGAGGGAGGAGUCAACAAAUCAGUGAUGCGCCCACAAACACCACACUAAAUUUUAAAUUGUUCAUAGAAUUCUACGAUUCGUAGAAUUGAUUUGUUCUAUUUUGUUUUAUUAUAUAUAAAUGCAUGUAUUUUUUUUUUCUUUAAAUACAUAUUUGUUCUAUAUUUAUUGUGAACACUAUGCUUUGGCAAUACAUUGUACCAAUUGUCAUGCCAAUAAAGCACAUAUUGAAUUGAAUUUAAUUGAAAUUGAGAGAGAGAGUUUAAAGAGGCAGGUGAUGUAGAACGUUAUCGGCCAGUGGUGUGGACACUAAUAGUUAUCUUUUAAAUAAACAACGUUAUGCAGCGUGCGGUAAUAUAAUUAUUGUUAUCUCAUUACAGUGUUACCAUUCUUUGUAUGAGUGGGCUUUAAAUAGCCUAGGUGUAGUUAUUGGCCUUUGCCGAUCAUUUCAAAACCACCAUAUCGGUCCACCACUAAACAAAACUAUCCACUUAAUAUUCAUAUAAAUCAACAAAUGUUUGGACAACGUCGUCUUCAAAGUCAGAUUUAACCAUCAUGCAUCAUGCAAGAUUCCAGGCUGUCUAAUUGGAGUUUGCCACACAGAUAGUCCCUAAAAGGAGGAAUGUGUGGGUUUUCCCACAAGGAUCUGAUACCUCUUCACCUUUGACUUCUUUGAGGACAUAAUUGAAAUAUGGCAAGGUCUCAGUGACCUUAAAAAUCAACGACGGGGUGUAAACAUAACAUCUGAAUACCAAAAAUACCUGGAAUAUAACCAUCUUCAACUGCAAAGCAGAAACCAUGGCAACCAAAUGUAAAGACCAAUGGAAAGUAUCCAUGGAAACCACAAACUCUGUCUGGCUCUUGUUUUGGACCAUAUGGAUUUUUUUGGCUGGAGUGGCGAGUGAAGAUGAUGUCACAGCACGCAUCAGUUUCACAUACAAUGCAGAAGGACGAUCAGUGAGAGAGUUCUCUGUGGAUGGUGUUUAUAACUAUUCAACCCUUCUGCUGAGCCCAGAUGAAAACAAGAUCUACGUGGGAGCCAGGGAGAACAUAUUCUCUCUCAGCCUGGACAACAUCAGCAUGACGUAUCUGCAGAAAGCUCUCACAUGGAGCACUCCUGAAAGCAAGAGGAAAGAAUGUAUCUUCAAGGGAAAGGACCCACAGACUGAUUGUUUUAACUACAUCAAGAUUUUACUGCAUCUGAACAGCACACACCUGUAUGUGUGUGGAACGUAUGCCUUCAGUCCCAUCUGUGCUUACAUUAACAUUUCAAGUUUCUCUCUGGAAAGAGAUGAAAAGGGGGAACACGUUAUGGAGGACGGACGUGGACGCUGUCCAUUUAAUCCAGAAUACAGAUCUACAGCUAUUACAGUGGAUGGGGAACUGUACACUGCUACUGUCAGUAACUUCCAGGGAAAUGAACCCACCAUAUAUAGGAGUCUAGGGUCUGGCACCCCUCUCAAAACAGAGAACUCUCUCAACUGGCUCCAGGACCCAGCGUUUGUAGGUUCUGCUCAUAUUACAGGUUCAGACAGCGAGAGAAGUGAUGAUCAGAUCUACUUUUUCUUCAGCGAAAUGGGGAAAGAGUUCGACUUCUUUGAUAACACCAUAGUGUCCAGGAUUGCACGUGUGUGUAAGGAGGAUCAAGGUGGGGAGAGAGUCCUGCAGAAGAAAUGGACCACAUUUCUGAAAGCUCAGCUCUUGUGUUCGCUACCAGACGAUGGCUUUCCUUUCAACAUCAUACAGGAUGUAUAUGUGCUUCCAGCCCAACGCAAGAAAAACACACUCCUCUAUGCAGUCUUCACUUCUCAGUGGAGUAAAGGUCUAGCUGGCAGUUCAGCAGUGUGUGUGUUCAGCAUGGAUAAGGUAGAAAAAGCGUUUAAUGGCCGUUACAAAGAAGUGAACCGAGAGACACAGCAGUGGUACACACACACUCACUCUGUACCUGAACCACGACCUGGAAUGUGUAUUACUAAUGCUUCAAGGCAGCUGGGAAUAGUCUCAUCACUUGAUAUGCCAGAUAAGGUACUAAAUUUUGUGAAAGACCACUUCCUGAUGGACAGUCCUGUCAAAAGUCGGCCCGUGCUCUUCACACACUCUGUGCACUACACACAAAUUGCUGUGCACCACGUGAAAGGCCUCCACAAAGCUUACGAUGUGAUGUUUAUUGGCACAGAUGAUGGACGUUUGCAAAAGGCUGUGAAUGUAGCCGGUAUGAUGCACAUCAUUGAGGAGAUCCAGCUGUUCCCAGAGCAACAACCUGUACAAAACAUAGAGCUGGAUUCAGCUAAGGGUUUGUUAUUUGUGUCGUCACACUCUGGUAUUGUGCAGCUGCCAGUAGCAAACUGCAGUUUCCAUAACAACUGUGGCGAGUGUGUUUUGGCCAGAGACCCAUACUGUGCCUGGACAAGCACACACUGUACUGACGUCACACGUAUCCCACCACAAGACCAAUGGCAGCAGGAUAUCGAGAAGGCAGACACUUUAAAAUGUAACAGCAAAAUGUUGAGCUCAGUGUUACCACGUUCAUUCCCAAGUUCCCAAGAAUCUGAUUGUGAGCUCAUUAUUGUCCCAGCUAAUACUCUUCGCCUGCUGCCCUGCAAUCUUCGCUCCAACCAUGCUCAAAGGAAGUGGUCAUACAAGCCAGAUGUAGGACACUUCCUGUUCCCAAGCCCGGACGGUGGGUUAGUAGUCAGCGGCCGUGCAGGCAGCGAUGAGGUCUUCUCGUGUUGGUCAGAAGAAUAUGGCUUCAGGCAACUCUUGGCCAAUUACUGUGUGAAGGCAGAGCCUUUAUCUGAGACUACAACCAAUAUGGGGCAGAUGGAUGCACAUCUUAUAAUCCAAAGCAUAUCGUCGGACGUGUUGUCCAGCGAAUCAGCGCGCUCUGCUCAACUGCGCAUAAAGACGUAUGGCACAGAGCUGGCAGUAGUGUGUGUGCUGUUAGCUGUUUGUGUGCUUUCGUUUGGGCUGUCGGUAGCAUAUCGACACAGGGGCCGGAUGAAGGAGGUACUGAGAGGAGGAGAGCAAACUGGAGGAGCCCCAAAGAGCACAGUCAGGCCUGGGGAGAGUUUACCCCUCAAUGCUGGUGCGCUUCCAAGCUCCCCAUCCGACCACAAAAGCUACCAGACAUUGGAGGAUAGCCGUGGUUACAUAAUCGCUCCAUCAGAGACAAGCAUGCAGAACAACUCCAAGGAAGCACAGACACUUGCCCAAACGCCACAGAAUAGCUUUAAAGAGACUCAUGUGGAAGUCAGUGACAUUAGCCCUCGGCCACGGGUACGACUGGGCUCUGAGAUCAGAGACUCUGUGGUGUAAAAUACUGACAUUUCCGAUGAAUUUCCAUAAUUUACGCAUAAACAGUCUAACACUCUUAAUGUUCACUUGGUACAUUCAAUGGGCAGCUUUCUUGAAGACUAAGCGUAUUGAGCCCUGAGCACAAGAGAAAAGAUGGGACAUGCUCAGUGUGCGUAUUGCCAAAUUGUAGUUGUUUAAGACAAUGCCCUCAAAUCUACUCCCACAUCUCCUUCACUCUUUCAUGUUAAACAUUAAAAUAUGACACAGUUUAUUGUUAAUAUGAGCUUGUGCUGAUACAUUAGAGAUCAGAAACAACAAUCCAAGGAAGGGUGGACCAGAUGGAUGAACAGGAGAGAGAUGGGCAAAGAGCCUUGUGUUGUAUGACUGGUACUGGUGCUAUUAUCACUGCCAAGACAAAGAGUAAUGAUGCCUAACUCAAGGUGAGAAGACUGUUCUAUAUGUUUGUUUGUAUUCCUUUGCUAUUUUUUGCGCAAAGGUUCAAUGCAUAAGUGUUUAAUGGGGUACUUUAAAUUUAAGAUUUGACUAUGAAACAUAACAGAUUCUCAUUAUACCAGCAUUGAACACCAGGCAGUUCAGACCAGGUUGCUUGUUAGUGUUAUAGAACUUGGUUACUUACUUAACAUUUUAGAAAUCUGCUGUUAAUUUUAUUUAUUCCCUUUUUUUUAAUUUCCGUUUUAUUGUUUAAUUUCUUAGUCCUUUUUUGGGAAGUAGUCUCUUGGUGUUUUCUAUUCUGUUAUUCAAAUGUGUUCGUGUUAGUAAAGUGCCUGGUGUUAAAUAAUGGUAUGAUGUGUAUGGAACUAUUAAAUGUGGAGUAAUUAUGGAAAAAAUAAUAUUUGCUUUUAGAUAAAAUGUAGCAAGCGUGUAUGAGCAUUAAGAAACUUUGUUUCUUAAUACCCUUGAAUGUACAUCUGAAGAGUUAUAUGGGAAUGUAAAGCACAAAAACUUGAGAUUCUGUUUUGCUUCAUAGGUUGGUGGUUCUUGUGUUUGGUACAGAAUAUAGAUGGAAUCUAAACAGGCAGAAACGAGGUAAUGAUACUGUACAAUAAUACAAUAUUAUAAUAUUACAGUAUAAACGGUAUGCUUGGCAUUUUGGUAAAGAGUGAGGUAAUGGGAAAAGGCUGAAAAUGUCUGUAAAUUUGCAAAGAAAAAAAAAAUGUAGAAGAACAUAGCAGGUUAUGUUCAUUUAUGGGUUAUCCAGACUUCAAACACACCCUCCUCUCACAAAAACAAAACCAUGCACUAAAGUUGCUAUUAUAGACAUCCGUUCCUCUUGGAAAAGUCUCUUUUUAAUCCACAUUAACCAUGAUGUUUGAUGUUGUUUAAUCAUGUGUUACAUUCCACUGUGUUUUCAGCUUGUGUGUUUUGAAUGGAAAAUGUAAAGUAGAUUGCGAUCUUUUAUACUUUGACACUGUUUUACUGUUGUUUUACAUUGUACAUUCACGCACUUUAUUUUUUCUACCAGUAUUUGUAAGCUGUAAAUGAGGUAGGCCACUGUUAACAUCCCGGUUUAAUAUUGUAGCCAAGGUUUGUACAUUAAUGAAGAGAUGAAAAUAGGUCUGAAAGAGUGUCUCCACUGUCUUGACAUGCAAAAUAAAAUUUUGCAUAAACUCAAA